ACUCAUUCGGUCAACACCAUCUCAAAUGUUGCCUUGUACAUUCCGCCAUCAGACCGUUCAAAGGACUCGAAGCCUGUGGCAGACCCAUCGGGGAAGGUGAUGGACACUGAACUACGUGGUCCAAAUGAUCGAGAUCAUGUAAAGUCAAGGUUCUCUGCGCCUCCUGGCAAUGUUGCUCUGUCAAGAGUCACGAGUGCUCCCGAGCAGCGGCGGCCGGAUGAAUCUCCUUUGUCACCCCGUGGUCAUGCCUCGCGCAAGCGCGACUCCCCCAUGCACCGACCUUACCAGCGACCAGUAACGGAGUCAUCGUCACCAUCGACAACUUCGGCCUGGCCGUUGGAGAGUUACGCCUCACGCCGCUUUAUGGACGAGCCGCCGGAUAAACGUCCGCGCUUAGAUUAUGUGCCUGAGAAGGAGGAGAUUGAGGCAGAUUCGUCAAUGACAAGGUUAGAUCACUACGCGCAUGAGGUGACUAAGCUGGGAUUGAAGCAGAGUCUUGCUUGGUCAAUCACUGAGAUCCGGAGCACCAGUCGCCUCAUCCGGGAAAACCCAGCGACAAGGGGAGGAUUGCCUCCCUUGUCUAACGUGGUCCCACCUACACCGACGUCUGCAAGGGAUGUACGACGACUUUCCCUUCACAAUCAAUCGUCUGCCGCGCCUCCGUCUAUAAAUGAUCUCCGCCGAGUACCACUUCACCUCGAUCCUCCUCGGAAUGAGGAAUACGCUCGGAGGCCCUACGAACAGUCUGACCAGAUGCCUCGGCCUUUUGAGCAGACUCUGCCCCCUAUCCAACAAAGUGAGGAGUUCAGACGUAAUGAACAGCCUGUCAGCAGCGUUGUUGGUCAGUCGCCUUACCCGUCAUCAUCUUCGUCUGUCUUCGGCUCUGCUCAGUCCCCAAUUCAAUCCCAGCCUUCAAGCAGAACUCUACCGUCACCCCCAGGCAUGCAAUACCCGAGGGCAGGAAGCUCGGGCUCAGUACACUACUCGCCGAGCGCAACCCAUUCCGCACAGCACAGUCACCUCCAGGAUCUCCAACAUCAGAUUUCGACCAAAACAUUGGCUCUGCAGACAUUACAACGCGAACACGAUCAGCUACUGGCCGCAUUUUCGAGAUCACAGAUCCGAUGUACAGCUCUAGACAAGAAAUCACAAGUGUCGGAUCACGAAAUCAACUCCCUAACCGAGGACAAAAUCCGACUACAGCAGCAGGUGGAGACGUUGGAGGCUCAAGUGCAAGACCUCAUGAGAUCACGCGACGAGCUUACCCAGAAAUCGACUGUGGAUGGGGCACAGUGGAGGCAGAUCAUGGCCAUGUCAUCCCAGCUGCAGAUGCAAGGUGCCGAGGAAGCAAGACGCUUCAAGGCCAAACAAGACGAAUGGGAACAGGAGCGUACAGCGUUACGGAAACGGAUCGAAGAGCUAGAGUCUGGUGAGGUCGCUAUUGCUGCAGCGAAAACGACGUCUGGUCCUACAAGCUCAGUGGCGAGUGAUGCCAUUCUGACUUCCGACUCUGUCGAGGUUCUACGACAGGAGAUUAUCAAACUCAGGCGUCGUUGUUUCGAAUUGGAAGCAAAGUUGCAAGGGCUAGCGGGAGAAGCGGCACAGAUUGACAGUGCCAUCAAUGCCAUGGAGAGCGUGCGCAGGACUCUUGCAGGCAAGAAACGAAGUUCCGAUGAUAGCUAGGUCGACAAAGGCCACAGUGGGAUAGUCUGUUGGACGAUUUCUUCAAUGUGGCUUCUCAGUGGACUUUUCAUUGGCUCUUUGCUCUCUCAAUCUCAAUCUGACGAGGUCGCAACGCCAAUGUACCGG